AUGAAAUACGGGGAGCAUUUUGAAGAAGAGUCGGUCCCGAGCUGGAGUCUACAUAACAUCGACUACAAUUCGCUGAAGCACCAGAUUAAAGUACACACCACUAAAGACCAGGCCACCGCAAUUGCUAUUCCUGGCCAGCAGGACCAUGCCCUGAAGAGAUUUGAGGACGCCUUCUAUAUCGAACUCUGUAACCAGCAUAAUCGCGUUGGUCUCUUCGUUACAAGCAAAGCCGACGAGAUCUCAAGACGACUAUGUCACCUUUCCGACUCGAUACACCAACUCAUAGUACGAUGUAACAACGCCGGUGGAGUGUCGUCUAAGCGACAACGACGACUCGCUAAAUACGCAUUACAAGUCGACGAGUGCGACGACGAUAUUAAGGCAUUGAGCCGAUUUGUUAACGCCCAGGUUAUCGCGUUCCGUAAAAUACUCAAGAAAUACAGGAAAUGGACUGGCUCGACAACGUUAAGUAGUCGUUUUAAAGAGAAUGUCCUCACCUCACCCAAGAGCUUCACGAGACGCGACUUUCAUCCAUUACGACUACACCACCGAGAAUUGCUCGCCACCUUAGAGGCCGCCACUCCCGACCUCAACUCCCUCCAGAUCGAACGACAGAAAGUUAAAUUACAAUUCGAACGACGCGGCGACAGUCGCCGAUCUUCGCAGACACAAUCCCCGAAACCCGCAUCCAUUAGUACACCGGGCGGUUCGUCGAUGACGUAUUGGAACGAGUACGAACACGGAAGCGAGGCGGGUGAUCACGAUGAGGAACGAGGAUACGCAAUCUAUAUCGACCCUAACGCGAGUGUCGACUUCCCAGGCUUUGUGUAUAUUAAAAUGAUUUUCACUGUCCCGGUAGACAAAGUUCGGCACUGGUUGAAAACGCGCACGCCACAUCUAUAUUCAUCCGAAACACAAUCCCUUCUUAGCAGCCCUUCGCCUGAUUAUUUCAGUACCCGACAUUCGACUGCACAGACGACCGACAACGAAGCGACCGAAGACGAAUAUGCAUCGUCAUUAAAUUCUAGUGUCGGUCGCCGGAAGGGAGCACGCUAUGCAGCAUUGGCGGCGACAGAAGAACACAAUGACUACCAAGUGACCUUGUAUCGCGAUAAGGUGUUGACUCGGACCGUAAUAUUCACUUUCGUUGCUGCGUUUAUCCUCUUACUCGUCUCUGGGGUAUUGGUAGCAACGGGUCGACAUAAGCUCCGACUCGAAGUCGACGCUGGCGUUACGAUUGGAUCCGUAGCAAGUUUAUUCUGCGCUUGCAUGGGCUUAGGUGCUAUGUUAUAUCGUCAGUAUCCCGUCAGUAUUCUAUACAGUCUUGCUGUCUGGGCGGCGUUCAUAGCUGUGUGUGCCUUGAAUGGCAUGUUGCUUGUAUUAGUAGUGGGGAGCAACGGGUUAUGA